UUUAGAACAGCUUAAUCCAACCGCACUUUGUUAUUACAGCUCAGCCGGAUUAAACAAGCAUAAGCUUAAAUUCAGUCGGACUUCUUUCUUUGUUUCUUUUAUUUUUUAAAAAUAGUACUAAUAAAUAUAGUAAAUAAAGAGAAAGAAAGUCCGCAUAAUGUCGGUGUGAGUAAUAAGAAGGAAAACUAAAAAAAAAAAAAGGGAGAAUUGUAUAGCUGGAUUUCGCAGGCACUUGCCUUUGCGUUCAACUUGUUCAAAAACCCAAAAGAGAAAAGAAAGCAAAGGAAAAAGAGAUGAGAUGGUGAGGCAGGCAGGGAAGCAGUCAUCAGGGACGGCCAGAUUGGUAUUGCUAUGCGUUGGGCUGUUGGGAAUCGGACUAGUUGCCGAUUUGUUCUGGGCUUCAUCUUCUCGGUUCGACCCUUCCCUCUCCAUUUCCAACAAUUGGUCUCCUCGUUUUUCCAAUGCCACUGCAUUUCUCCUCCCUUCCAACUCCAACCAAUCCCAUGAAUCUCCCUCAAACCACAAGGAUGCCAAUGUUGAGGAAAAGAGUAAGGACAAAAGGGUGUUAUCUGCUACUUAUGCUGAUUUGCCUGCUCCCGAACUCAAAUGGCAGAAGAUGGCUGCUGCACCUGUUCCUCGUCUAGAUGGGGCUGCUAUUCAGAUUAAGAAUCUUCUUUAUGUCUUUGCUGGAUACGGCACCAUUGAUUAUGUGCAUUCACACGUUGAUAUAUACAAUUUUACGGAUAAUACAUGGGGAGGAAGAUUUGAUAUGCCAAAAGAAAUGGCACAUUCACAUUUAGGUAUGGUAACAGAUGGGCGAUACAUAUAUGUGGUCACUGGACAAUAUGGUCCUCAAUGCAGAGGGCCUACAGCUCACACAUUUGUUCUUGAUACUGAGACAAAGAAAUGGCGUGACAUGCCCCCUUUGCCAGUCCCUAGGUAUGCACCAGCCACUCAACUAUGGAGAGGUAGACUUCAUGUGAUGGGUGGCAGCAAGGAGAACCGGCAUACACCUGGAUUAGAACAUUGGAGUCUUGCUGUAAAGGAAGGGAAAGCAAUAGAAAAGGAGUGGAGGAGCGAAAUACCCAUUCCUCGUGGGGGGCCUCACAGGGCUUGUGUUGUGUUUAAAGAUCGGCUUUAUGUUAUUGGGGGUCAAGAGGGUGAUUUUAUGGCAAAACCUGGAUCACCUAUUUUCAAGUGCUCCAGAAGGAAUGAGGUGGUAUAUAGUGAUGUGUACAUGCUGGAUGAUGAAAUGAAGUGGAAAACAUUACCUCCUAUGCCGAAGCCAGAUUCACAUAUUGAAUUUGCUUGGGCGAUUGUUAACAAUUCUAUUGUUAUUGUUGGAGGCACGACAGAGAAACACCCUAUAACAAAGAAGAUGGUUCUGGUUGGAGAAGUGUUUCAGUUUAAUCUAGAUACACUGAAGUGGUCGGUGAUCGGAAAGCUUCCUUACCGUGUGAAAACCACAUUGGUUGGAUAUUGGCAAGGAUGGUUGUAUUUCACGUCUGGGCAACGAGACAAAGGGCCAACUGAUCCAGCACCGAGGAAAGUUAUUGGAGAAAUGUGGAGAACUAAAUUACAACUGAACUCAUAAUCCAUCUCUUCAACUUUUGGUGCGAUAAUCAUCCUGUCUAACCAAUAUUCAUCAGGUAAUGAAAUUGAAUUUCUCUUCAUUUUUUUUUCUUCUUAAAUCAUUGUUCUAUUAAUUAGUUUACUUUUGGGUUAUUGACAUAUUUUCGUCAGCUGUAUUAGUCAUUCCUCCAUAGUCAUAGGCAAUCAUUUAUUUGUAUGAAAAAGUAAUUAGCUUAUUUUCCUAAUUAGUCAAUUUUCUCGCUUCUUUCACUCUCUUUUCUUCCUCUUUCUCUCUUACCAAACACUUUUUUUUUUUAAUGCCAUGGUGUAAAUAUGAAGUUGAGGAUGGAUAGGCAUGUAAUAUUAACAUAUUUUCCACUUGAAUAGUCCAUGACUGAAUAAGAGGUGUUUCAUUCAAGAUUUAUUUUCAUCUGUAAUAAAUUACAAGUUUGGAAUAAUUAUUUUGAUUUGGAUAUUAUGGGAGCCUAGUUUUCUGCCUGAAGCAGCUACUGCAUGUAAUACUACUGCAGUCUGGGCACAAUAAAUAAACUAGGCCCAUUCUUAGUUUCAAACCCAUCAACACCUGGUCGACAUCAGCUCGAUGAUGAAAAUCUGGUGACAAUACAUUUUGGGCAAAUACAAGUUGGAAAGAACAAGGUCUGCACUGCACUAAAUCUCGCAAAUUGUGAUAUUGUAUCGUAUUUUGUGUUAAAUACGGUUUUAAAUAUAAUAUGAGUAAUUUUGAUACGAACAUAAAUAUACAA